AUGAGUUGUGAUUUCUACAAUAUUUGUCCAUUCCUUGCUGUAGGAUUCUUCUUUGCCAUUGCACAGUUUCCCCAGAGUAGUGACCAGGAGUCUUAUAGGCAAGUAAUGAAGAUGAGACCAAAAGAUUUAUGGAAACGAUUAAUGGUAAAAUUCCGGGGUGAAGAAGGAUUAGAUUAUGGAGGCGUUGCUAGGGAAUGGCUUUAUCUUCUGUCUCAUGAAAUGUUGAACCCAUACUAUGGACUCUUCCAGUACUCCAGAGAUGACAUCUAUACAUUACAGAUCAAUCCAGACUCUGCGGUCAAUCCUGAACACUUGUCUUAUUUCCAUUUUGUUGGUCGGAUUAUGGGGAUGGCAGUGUUUCAUGGACACUACAUCGAUGGGGGCUUCACUCUUCCCUUCUAUAAACAGCUGCUGGGAAAGUCGAUCACACUGGACGACAUGGAGUCUGUGGACCCAGAUCUACACAACAGCUUAGUCUGGAUCCUUGAAAAUGACAUCACAGGUGUCUUGGACCACACAUUCUGUGUGGAGCACAAUGCCUAUGGAGAAAUCAUUCAACAUGAACUAAAGCCAAAUGGGAAAAGCAUUCCUGUAACAGAGGAGACCAAGAAAGAAUACGUUCGGCUAUAUGUGAACUGGCGAUUUCUGCGAGGUAUCGAAGCACAGUUUCUUGCUCUGCAGAAAGGAUUCAAUGAGGUUAUCCCACAGCAUCUGCUGAAAACAUUUGAUGAGAAGGAGUUGGAACUAAUUAUCUGUGGACUUGGCAAGAUCGAUAUUAACGACUGGAAAUCAAACACUAGGUUAAAACACUGUACACCAGAUAGCAAUAUUGUUAAGUGGUUCUGGAAGGCAGUGGAGUCUUUUGAUGAAGAAAGGCGAGCCCGAUUACUCCAGUUUGUAACAGGAUCCUCUCGAGUGCCUCUGCAGGGUUUUAAAGCAUUACAAGGUGCAGCAGGUCCAAGGCUCUUCACCAUUCACCAGAUUGAUGCCAGCACCAACAACCUCCCCAAAGCACAUACCUGCUUUAAUAGAAUUGACAUUCCUCCCUACGAGAACUAUGAAAAACUCUAUGAGAAGCUGCUAACAGCCAUUGAAGAGACUUGUGGGUUUGCUGUGGAGUGAUUGUUUUGUGAAUCAUGGGACUUCCGUACGCACCUGUCAGUGAGGGCUUUCUCCUGCCGAGGUUCCAGCAGUGCUUGGAAUAUACAGGAUGUCUUUCCCUUACCUAGCGACAGCACAGCAAGAGGGAUUGGAUGAUUAGGGAAUUUUGAGGAAUUUGGUCACCUGGCAUUUGCCACGAGACUAUCAGCUGCUAAACUAAUAUCUGGAAAAUUACAGACUGCUAACUUUUUAUGAUUUGACCAGUUAGCAGUAUUCUUGAUAGCGUUUCUGACUUAAAAGACUACUACAACAAUUUUGACAUCUGUCUUAAGCCCAUCUACUCCUUACUAAUGAAUAAUACCCUCAUGCGUCAUGAUGUAGACUGCAGCAAUCGGUACAACAAAACCAUUGUUGGGCUGAUGCAACUAUACCAUCAUUGCACCUUUUUUCCUACUGGUCAUUCAUUUGGUAGUGAAGCAUCAAAUUUACAACAGUGCAGUAACUGAGCUAUCAUAAAGUAAAUAUUCCAAAUGAAUUCUCAAAUGGAAAAUUGGCUUUUUUUUAUUUUCAGUCUUCUUCCUGGUGUAUUGCAGACUUGAACCGACGUCUGUUAGGCAAGUUAUUUUUGUACAAAAUCAUCACAGGAGAAACAUUCCACUUCAUUUUGGCCAACUCAGCCAUAACCACUUUUCUCCUACCCCUCCCAAAAUGACAGGGAGGAAUCUUUUUAUGAACUGCAUAUUACCAGCCAGCAUUGCUAACUGGGAAAUUUUCUUUUGUCAUUUUUCUUUUGUUAUUGCAUCAGUUAUAUUACAUGACAUGGGAUAAUUACUCCAUUUAUAGUAUAUUAAAAGCAACAACACUCUACAAUGCGAUGUUGGUUUAUGCUCUCAGAAUGUUUUCUAACAUGAAGUGUGUGAGUAUAUUCCAUCUUUUAUUAGUUAUAGCUGGGCUGAGACAAACUUCAUUGUAUAGCCAACAAUUAUUAAAGCAAAAGUUAAAUAUAUAAAAUUAAAGAGCGUUGUCCUCGGUUAUGCUUUUCUAUCCAUUGAUGAAUUAUGACUUGUAUAUUAAAUUGAGGCAGCUCAAAACCCCGCAUUGACUUUUUUUAUAAAGAGUUUGAGAUUUUUUUUUGUAAUUUUAAUGAUAGGAAAUGUUCUGCAGAUCCUAUCCAUUCACGUGAGUUUUAAUAUAUUUAUAACCUGUUGACAUUCUUGUCAAAUAGUAUUUCUGUACUGGGAGCACCUGUUGAUACAGCAUUCUUAUUUUUUUUGCCCUGCACUGCUGCCUAUCAAUUGCAAAAGCAUCAUCCAGCAGUGAAGUGUCCUGCAAUGGUGCUUUGUACAGUCUUGGGUGAGGCAUAUAUAUAAAUCUGAGGCUAAUACUGUGACUAUUACAACUUUUAAGUUAAGAUACAAUUAACUUUUAUUUUAAACCACUUUUUGCACAUCUUAAGACUUUAGUUCUGUUUGGUUUGUUGACCUUUCUCUCCCCUCGCCCCUCCUCUUUCCUACCAAUCCUAAAAGGUUAACAGCUGACAUCCCAUUACCAGAACAAAGUCUUCAAUGGACAUUUACAGCCGUGUUCUUCUGAUGAAUGUCCAAUGCACACGUGGUCUAUUUUCAUGAUCUGUUCAGAACCAUCCAUAACACUACACCUAAGUUUAUCAAUAAUGGAUUUAAAAAUGGACUGCGUACCGAGAAGGAAAAGCUAAAAUCAGCAAUUAGAGUGUUGCUCUUGUAAUAAACUGCAUGCUUCAUCAUACAGCCAAUAGCUCCUAGCAUGCGCCCAUGGCUUCACAGACUUGAAAUAUGCUGAAUAAAUGGAAUAAUAUGUUAUAGCAGACAGGAGCAGUUCACUGUAUGUAACACUUAUUGGUUAAUAGAAUAUUGUCUACCAGUUGUUAAAAUCUUUUUUUAUAUAGAUGUAAUUAGUUUACAAUUAACCCCUUGGCUUUACUUCCCAGUUCUUAAAAACACCAUAUUUUAUUUUGUUUUUAGGUUUUUCUCAUUUCCAUUUUAUUUUGUAUUUAUUACAGAGUGUUUUAGCGUCGUUAACACAUUGUAUUUCACUCCCGCUGUUACAUGGGCUUUAAUAAUUAAAAAAAAACUGUAUGGAAAACAAAACUUUGCGUGUGUACCCAUGCAGAAUGAGCAAUAAAGUGUAUGCUGUUUGCACCCUCACAGCAUAACCAGUUCAGUUUA